AUGUUCCUCGUUUCACUCCUCUUCUGGGCCGCGUGCCUCUGGAUCGCGGGCAGGUGCUUCUACAACCUGUACCUCCACCCACUGCGCUCUUACCCGGGCCCCUGGCUCUGCCGCGCCUCCUCCUUGCCCCGGAUCUGGCACCGCACCGUCGGCACCAACAUCUCGCACGCCCAUCACGCGCACGAGAAGUACGGCCCCGUCGUGCGCCUCAGCCCCGGCGAACUCAGCUACAUCAACUACGACGCCUGGAACGAUAUUUACGGCCGCAACGACGGCAAUGCCGCCCUGCCAAAAGACCCAACCUUCAACUCGCCAUCGCCCGACUACCCACCGGGCCUCGUCCAGGUCACCGACGGCCCGCCGCACGCGCGCCAGCGCCGCAUCUUCGCGCCGGCGUUCUCCAACACCUCGCUCAUGAAGCAGGAGGCCAUGCUGCGCGGCCACGUGCGCAAGAUGGUCGCCAAGCUGCAGCGGGCGUGCGACAGCGCCUCGUCCUCGUCCUCCCCCUCCUCAGGCGCCGAACUCGACAUCUCCUCCUUCUUCAACUUCCUCACCUUCGACGUCAUGGCCGACCUGGCCUUCGGCGCGCCGCUGGGGCUGCUCGACGCGGGCCAGUACACGCCGUGGGUCAAGAACGUCUUCGCCGUCUUCCGCAUCCUCUCGCUGCGCGCCAUCAUCUUGUACUACCUGCCGCAGCUGGAGGGCCUGAUGACGCGCGUGCUGGCGCGGCCGGCCAUGGUGGCGGCGCGGAAGGCGCACAUCGACUACGCUGCCGGGUUGGUGGAUCGGAGGCUAGACGCGGAUGCCAACGCGCAGACCGAGGAGAGGCCGGAUGUCUGGGCGCUGGUGGAGAAGAAGAUGGAUGUGUUGACGCGGGAGGAGAUGCAUAUUAACGCCGCGACGUUCAUGGCGGCGGGGACGGAGACGACGGCGACGGCGUUGUGUGGGGUUGUGUGGUUUCUUGCGAGGGACGGGGGCGCGAUGGGGAAGGUGACGGAGGAGGUGAGGGGGUUGAGCGGGGGGGAGGAGGACUUGACGAUGGAUACGUUGGCGAGGUUGCCGUAUCUCAAUGCGGUUAUUAAUGAGGCGAUGCGGUUGUAUCCGCCCACGCCGGAUAUGCUGUAUAGGCUUGUGCCAGAGGGGGGCGCGAUGGUCUGCGGGAAGCUUGUGCCGGCUGGGACGGUGGUCGGUAUCCAUCAGUGGCCCGCGUACCACUCGGCGCACAACUUUGCCCGCCCGGAGGAGUUCAUUCCGGAGCGGUGGCUUCCCGAAGCUUCGGUCAAAGGGGAAUUUGUGAAUGAUGAGAGGAGGAUAGUGCAGCCGUUCUCGAGGGGGCCCAGGAGCUGUAUUGGGAAGAAUCUUGCCCUGCAUGAGAUGCGCUUGGCCCUGGCAAGCACUUUGCGGCAGUUCGAUAUCGUUGCCACCGAUAACAGCAAGGAUUGGAUGCAGCGCCAGAAAUGUCAUGUUGUAUGGGAAAAGCCUCCACUUAUGAUGAAGGUCAAACCUGUGGUGUAA